GAUUUAUAAUGAAAAUUUUUCCCCGAGAUCCAGUUCGGCGUGCUCAAUGGGCAGCAAAUGUUAAUAGAAAAGAGUGGAUACCUACUGAAAGAUCAUUUCUUUGUGAAGUACAUUUCGCACACGAUAUGUGGGAAAAUAACCGAGUUGACGGAAAAAGAAAGCUUAAGAUAAAUGCUGUGCCAACGAUAUUUGGAAGUAAAGCCAAGAAGAUCAAAAGUCACCGUGAAAACAUGAGACUGCUUUGGAGUUUUUAGCCGAUGAAAAUUCAAAACCAGAAUACAUUGCUACAGCAUUUUUUGUUAAAAUGAUAGUAAAAUGGUAUACGAUUAUGACUUCAA